AGGAUGUGCCCUCUUCUCACUGCCAACUCCCUGUCUGGCAGAGGUUUUCCCAGGAAGGGCCAUCUGCUGCAUGUAAUGAAAUCGUCUCUCUUAAAAGUCAAACUGUUCAGUGAUCAGACUCCCUAUCCUGAGGUCACACUCCAAAACACCAGCGAAGCCAUCGGGCUGGCUUGCAGCUCCAAACAACACGCACAAAUUCAGCCUCCUUUGUCUGCAGCAGGGAGGCCCUGCCCAGGACCAGCCUAUCCCAGAACAUCCACGAAGAGCUUGAGGGUGCACACAACAAGAUCUGCACUUCACUGAGAGCUAGAAUGACUUUUCUUGACCCAGAACCACAUACAAAGAACAAAACUUGCCCAGAAUUUGUUGUUGACCUAAAUGAACUCGUGACAGACUUCAGGGCAGAAUGAGCAAAAUGGGGAACAUUUUGCACAAUGCAGGAGUUCCCCCUGUGAGGGUGAGACCGUGUUGAUUUCAUCAGGUUCUGACUCUUCAAAAAUCAUUCAUUUACUGCUUGAGAAACUCAGCAAAGCAGGAGUUUUUUCUCCACUUGAGAAAUCCCUCAAGACACUUGCCUAACACAGAAGACAACAUGGAUGCUAAAAAUGUAGUUAAAUCCCAGGCAACCUUUUCCUGCCUGAAGGAUUUGUUAGAGGAUGGUGAUGACCUGCUUCAUUUAAACGGUGUGGUUGAUGUCACUGCUGGAAGAGCAGAGGAAUACUGCAGCAGACAGGUGCCUUCCCACUCCACAGAUGUAACCACUUGUCACACAGGCAACUGUUGCCUUAACACAAAAGACUCUGGAUCUCCUCAGUCUCUGGCAGAUGUCCAGGCAUGUAAAAGGCCUGGGCUGGGCAGACCUCUAAGCAGGAAUUCCCUGCUGGGUGAGCAGGCAGACACUUCCCUAGGUAAUCUCACUGAUUUUGGAAAAGAUGAUUCUGAAAAUUCUGCUGCUGUUCUGGAGAUUUAUGCAGAGAAAGUAACAAAUGUAAAUGAUGACUUUUCUGAUGAUGACCUGGAGUACUUUGAAUGUUCAGAUGUGCUUACAGUACAUGAAGAUGAAAUCUGGAAAAAGAAAUUAGAAUUUUUAUUAGAAAGUGAUGAUGAAGAUGAUCUAAAACUGGGUAAGGAUUGUGAUGGGUGUGCUUACUUCCUCAGUGAAAUGCCUUGUGUGUUCCAAGUGUCAGAUAACACUACGCCUAUGGAUACCCCCAUUGGCUUCUGUGAGCAUCAGUCAAAAACCAAAGGAGUAAACGUAAGGAGAGACCCCUCUAUGUACAGCCAGUCAGCUUUGCAGACAGAGAUGACUCUCACUGUUGGACACCACCGAGAUAAAAGUGCCAUUUUGAAAGACAAAGAGAAGAAUCAAGUGCCUGUUUCUUCUGCAGCCACUGGAAAUGAACAUCCCAGAAGUGAAGAAGAGACUAAUGGAAGUGGCCAUUUGGCUGCAGGUUCCUCAAGGGAUGAACCAAAGCCCACGGACACUGUCCCUGCCCAGGUAGAUUCCUCUGCCAAUGGCAUAGGUGCUGCUUGCACAGCUCAGGCUUCGGGGACAAUGACAGAAACCAGCCCCGACGGGGACAUGCUGGGGGAAAGCUCGCUGCUGCUGGAGGAGGGGAGAAGGAAUGUGCCAGAGGGAAAUGCACAGCACGCUGUCUGUACCUUAACAGAAAGUCUGAGGAGAAACCUUUUGAAGCUGUUGAACCCUAUAGAACUUUGCAGAUAUGUAAGUACUAUAGGACAGUCUUUCCAGGCUGCAGCAGCAGGCAGGGAAUCCAGAGCUCCGUCUCCCAGCCAGGAAGGUAUCUGUUCAGCACAGAUUCCCGAAGAGGCAGAAAGUGUGCAAAUGCAGGCUGGUCUGUGUCGGACAGAAGAGGCAGAUAAGGACAGUCACUGGGAAAGGAAAAGGACUUGGGGGCUGUCUGAGCAAAAGCAGAUGCCAGAUGAGAACAUCUUGUUUGGGAGUCAAGGUGCUAAUCAUAAAAGCAUUACCCAGAAUUGUGAGAACCUCUGUAUGGAGCCCAGAACAGAAAAGGAAGGCAUCUUCAGGACUUGUGAGAGUGCAGGAACCAGCCAGCUCUCUGCUGAAAACAUGCUGCAAGUAAAGAAUGCAGAUUUACAGACCUCUUCUCUUCACUGUGCUCCUUGUGAAAAGAGAGAAGGUUGUCACCAACAGGUCUUCUCUGGACAACAAAUUAUUAGGAGUGGCAAAAAGUCAGAGAAUAACAUUUCCCCUUCUCCUCGAUGGGAUAUGGACUCUCUUCCUGAUAAACAGGAAUGCUUGUGUGCUGUUCUCUCUUCUGCAAAGCUGUGUGAUGAGCCAGGGGAGGGAGAGCAGAGGCCUGGGCUUGACAUACAUGAUAGCAGUAACCCAGAUAUUCUCUGCAGCCGAUCAGCCGAUGAGGCUGUGUCUGAAGCUAAUCCCAAGUCAGUUCUGGAAUCUGGAGAACCUGAGUGCCAAGGAGAUGCUGAUGUAUCUGCAGUGCAUGACAAGCUGUGGAAACUUCUUCAUGAAGAUGACUCAGACUAUCAAAUCCCAUUUGAAAACAGAGGCGUCCCAAGUUUAGGUACGAGGCUGACAGAUAUCCAAGUCACAGAACUGAACUUUGUGCGGGAGACCUGUUCCGAUCAGCCUUUGCCAAUGGAUUUGAUAGAAGAGCAGGAGCCCAUCACAGAACCAGCUCAUAACCCCAGAACUGAGAAAGCUGCCUGCAAUGUUUCUGAUAUCCUCCUGCAGAGAGCUGCAGCAUGUGAGAGUGCAUCCAUAGGAAACAUUUGUCUUGCACAAGUGGUAGGAACAGAUGGUGUCUGUCUAAAUUCUGGCACUGGGAAUGAGAGGGAAACACCAUCCAUUUGUGUUUCAGCAAGCAGUGUCCUACUAAGUACCCAGGAGUGCUUAGAGCCAAAUCCAAUGGCCACGGACAGGAAUGGAUCCACUGCAGCUUGGGAAGGGAAGCUUGCUGUUAAUAAUGCUGCCCAAACCUGUGAAGCAGAUUCUCCUCAAAGGUUACAAAAUACUCAGAGUUGUAAUUUAGCAUGUCCCAAAGCUGACAUAUCAGAUAUGUCACAUGGGACAGCUGGACAGUUACUUCACACUGAAUACAACAUAGCCAUGACAAAUGAGUCUGUACCUGGAGAAGGCUGUCAUUUUAUGGACUCCUAUCCAGUGAGAGGAGAACUGCCUUAUUUCCUUGAAGAGGAAGACAUUUUCCCCUGUGAAAAUACCAGCCAGUUUAUACAUGCAGAACACUCUUCUGUUAACACCAUACAUAAAAGUUGUGUAGUGAAUUUACAAGAAAAAGGAAAUCACUCAGGCUUGAGUGCACCAAAUUUCACUAAUUCUGACAGCUACCAUCUCUCAAAAAAUAAUGGCUGUCAGGAUUUUCAAGUUGUUUCUAAUGCACAGAAAUACAGUGAUGUAAUGCAAUCACCUAGUUUAAUUCAGAUUCACGAAAACAUAAGAACACAUAAGAAUCUACCCCAAAAUACGGACCAACUGACAGAAACAGCAAAACAAGAAGGAGCAGUCCCUCCCCCUUCUGGGGAGCCAUUUUUAAGAGAUUUUUAUGUAGAAGUGCCCAGCUGUGAACCAUGUAAACCAGGAGGAGAACAGAGAGAGAUUUGCAUACCUGAGGAACACAGGGCUGAAGCUUCCUGUGACUCAGGAGUUAGUCAGGUUUCAGAGAGUCAGACUGCAGCUUCCCUUUGUAAUACAGCAGAACAGCAUUCAUUUUUUGUUGACAGCACCUUCAGGUCUGAUGAAGGGUUAAAAAUAGAUUCUUCAAAAAAUCCCACCUAUGCAGCUGGAAGUGUAACAUCAGUCAGUGCUCCACUGCCCAGGGAGGCUCAAAGUGAGCACCACAGCACAGCAAGUGGGGAGGAUAGAGGUUCCCAGGAUUGGCUACACUCCCAACAACUGCUUGGAAACAAAACCCUGCCCUUCCCCACAUCUGUAAGCCACUCAGAGGGCCUUCCCAGUGAAUCUGCAGUGGCGUGUCCUGCCACAAGAAAUGAGGGAAAAACUGGAUCCAUACAAACUGGAGUCAAAGUAAAUGGAAAUUUAACUACAUUGGAAAUUUCCUGCAAGUCAUGGAAGGGUCUGUCCCAGAGGGUCCCUGGAGAAACCAAAGGAGAAGCAGCCUUGUGUGAAAAUGAACGUGAGAUUCCAAGAGCUAUUGAAUAUAACCCAGAUGAAGCUGAAGCAAAGGCUCCUUUGCACACUUUGACUGGCUCCCAGGCUCUGGAACAGAUUAUGAAUACUAGCACAGAGCAGUCUUGUCCUGACUUGAUCCCUUCCAGCAAGAUAGCUGAGGCUGAGAAUUCAAUUAAGUCCACUGAGUAUGAUAAAAAGGAGGAAGUCAGGACAGCAGAGAGUGUAGUAAGUGGUUUGGUUAAUUUGCCAUCAGUUGAUUCAGGGAACAACCAGUGUUUUCAAGAGCAACCACCCCACAGAAGAACUUCAUCAUUCUCUUUGGUGUGGACCACACUCGAUCCAUUCCCAGUCAACACAGAAAGCCAAAGAAAUCAGGAAGGGUCAAAAUCCUGCCAGAUACCAGUGGCUGCUGCAGAACCUGAGCCCAUCAGAUGUAGAGAGGACACAACAAAGAGCGGCUAUGUAGCUGCUGGAGCUAAGAAGAAAUUACCACCAGCAACUCUGUCCAAAAAACCCAGGCUGGAGGAGAGGGGAAGUGUCAGCAAGGAUACCAGCUGUGUUAAAAAGUCUGGGAAGAGCGAGGGAGGCGUGAUUCAUAAAGAGGAUAGAAAAGAACAAAGGAAACUCAUUUUGAAAAAGGAUAGCAAAGCCCCCAGGCUGCUGAAGAAGAUCCAAGCAGAGCUAUUCCCCGACUGCUCUGGAAGCAUUAAGCUGUGCUGUCAGUUUGGUGACAUUCAUGGUGACUCCACCAUUACAUGGACUAAAGAUUCCAAGGUACUGGCUCAGCUGCAGAGAAGUGCCCAGGAUGUCUCUCCCGUCUCUCUGGAAAUAGCUGAAGCCAGUUACCAAGACCAGGGAAUGUAUUAUUGCUGCUUGAAUAACAUGUAUGGAAAGGUGACUGCUGAGUUUCAUCUGACUGCUGCAGUAUUGGAACGUCUUUCAAGUUUUCAGAGUUAUGAAGGCGUGGAAGAAAUCGAGUUCAUGCAGCUGAUGUUCAGAGAAGACCCCCUGAGCUCCAGCUACUUUGGUGGGACGCUGCAUGGAGCGAUAAUGACAGAGGGGCUGCACUUUGGCGAGGGGAUGCACCGCAGAGCCUUCCGCAGCCGCGUGCUGCAGGGCCUGGCGCCCGCCUUCGCGCCCGGCCACCCCUGCGUGCUCAAGGUGCACAGCGCCCUCGCCUACGGCACCAAGAGCAGGGACGAGCUGCUGCAGAAGAACUACAGUCUGGCACUGCAGGAAUGCUAUGUCCAAAAUACUGCAAGAGAGUAUGCAAAGUUAUAUGCAGCUGAAGCUGAACCCUUGGAAGGCUUUGGAGAAGUACCAGAAAUCAUUCAGAUUUUUCUUAUUCAUCGCCCUGCUAAUAACAUCCCCUAUGCCACAGUGGAGGAGGAGCUGGUUGGGGAGUUUGUGAAAUACUCUGUCAAGGAUGGCAAGGAAGUGAAUUUCCUGAGAAGAGACUCAGAGGCUGGCCAGAAGUGUUGCACCUUUCAGCACUGGGUGUAUGAGAAGACCAAUGGGAACUUGCUUGUCACUGACCUGCAAGGUGUAGGGAUGAAGUUAACGGAUGUUGGCAUAGCAACCCUGGCCAAAGGAUACAAGGGGUUUAAAGGCAACUGCUCCUUUUCCUUCAUUGAGCAGUUCAGAGCCCUCCACCAGUGCAAUGAGUACUGUGAGAUGCUGGGGCUGAAAUCUCUCCGAACCACUCAUCAAAAAAGAGGAAAGCAGCACCCACUAAAAGCAAAAAUCUGCCAAACUCAUCAACAGUAAAGAAAAUGAUGCCCAAGAAGGCAAGAGAACCUAGAGACUUCAUUUCUUCAGAACACUGAGUGUCACUAUCCCACCUUGUGAAACUACUCUUGAGGACAUGGAGCAGUGACACGCACCAGUGACCUGAGGGGAUAACUUUAGUCUUGCCUUUUGACAUUGCUUUGUAAUCAUCCUGAUGCUGCUGCCAGCAACAAAGGAAGGAGCUGAUCCUCUGCUCUUGGUGCCUGAGAUACAACACUGGGGCAAGGUUUUGAAAACAAACUAAGCCAUCUCCUGGAUUUCCUUACAGGCUUCUGUGGACUGGUAUUGGAGAAGAAGAUCUCUGUGUCUACAUCCAUGGCCCUGUGGUUCAGCUGCUAUGGAAACAUCAAUAUAUUUAAGUUUUGCACAGUAUUGCAUAUGCAUAUGCAUGCUGGGUUACUUAGAAGUCAGGGAAGGUGAAGUUUGGAACACACUGAUAAAUAUUAAAGUUACCACUUCCAUUGCAAAUCAGAGCAAACAUCCUUUGAGCCUAAAUCUUGGACUAUUCAGUGCGAUUUAGGCUUCACAGUGCACUGCUGGUACCUGGCUUUUGGAAGUUCCUACAGGUGAUGCCUAUUCUUUACAACAAUGUUCAGAAGAGUUUCUGUGAGGACGUUGUGACUGUUCCCAAAACAGGAGGUUUAGAACAUCAGGCAAGGGGCUUGAGCAUGGUGGGACGGGAACAAAGCUAAAAGCAUUGGAUAAAUGGUAUUUCAAGGCAGAGGCAAUAGGUUUUUAUCAGAAUUUUGGGAAGUGCUCUGUUUGAAAAAUGCCAUGAGCAUCUCAACCAAUUAAUAUUCCAAAUGUAUGUUGUAGUUUGGUCCCAAAGUCAGAGAUGGUGUUUCACUCUAUUGGCUAAUUACCUUCAGUUUAUUGUCCUCGUCAGUUCAAUGAAAAUCACAAGCUGACCUCUCAGAGGUAAACAUAGCCCUGUUAAUGCCAAGGAAAUCCACAUUCCUAAUGAUGGCAGUGUAGUGGUGAUUCCUUAAGAUGUCUGAUGUGCUUUACAGUGGGGAUCUGGAAGUGCAUGUGUGAGAGUAUGGAUUUCUCACAUAUUCUGGUGCUUUUGCCUCUGAAAGAAGGAGCAGAGUCAUCCUGUUGUGCACGUACCACAGUUGUUUAUUUCUCAGUACAGUGGGAAGAUGUACUGCCAGAGGUCCCAAAGCUUCCUGACCCGAUGCCUUGUCUGCCAGGAACUAUUUAGUGUGAUAAUGGCGUUUGAUAGACUGGACACAAACACCAUUGUCACACUCCACAGCUCUGGGAGCAGGUCCUUAGCCUGUGGAAGGAGUGAUGGAGGCACACUGCAGACUUCAGCAGAGGGGCUUUCAAAGACCUGCAAAACAGACACAAGACCAGGUUUGUGCAUAUUUAUAUGUGGCACAUCAGGGUCCUCACAAGGAGGCAGGACACAGGAUCCUGAAUUGGUUUGAGGUGGAUAUUGUGUCUCUGCUAGCUGUGGGAAUGUAAAAGCUAAGUGGCUUUGAGUGCCCUUACAGACAAGGGAGAUGGACAGCACCGUAGAAAGUAAUGUGUACUAUUCUAGAGGCAAAUUCCUGAGGAGAGGGAUGAGUAAUUUCUGCAAGGGCCUGUGUCUUCCUCUAAGUGGUAGGGUCAGCUCAGAAUCAGCAUCAGACUUUUAUAGCUAUGUCAGACCUGAGGAAUCAAAAUGCUGGGGAUUACAUUUGAUCUUCAUAUACUUGUUUUUAGCAGCAUUUUUGAGUAGCCCACAUAUAAGACAGCCAAGUUGGUCUGUAGUCCUGGUCUCACUGCCCCUGUGCUAUUCCAUAAUGUUCUUCUGGGACACAUCAGCACCUGUGCAUCAGGGAAUUAAGCUCUAGGGUCCAGAGCUGUGGUGCUCAUCUCUGCACAGGCUGGAUGUUUUCAGAGUGUUUCUCUGUGUGUUUGGCCUGCUAGCCAAAUAACAUUUCACCACACUCUCAGUCUGAGAGUAGAAAACAUCCCAUAACAGAUUAUGUGGACUAAGGAGUGGAUUAAGAGCACACAAACAUGCUGCACAGGGAUUUGUAAUCCAUGGAAGUUCAGUUAUAUGCCAUCAUCACAUCUGAAUACUGCAGAGAGGCAGAGAAAACAGAGAAGGAGGAGCACAUGGAAGGGGGGAGGUUAGAAACCAGGGCUGGGGUGAACAGCAGUAACCUUUUUUUUAAGUACUGAAAUCUGAACUUUCUGGCUCAAAAGAGAAUCCCCUGUGUGCUGGUUAGAAGCCUCUUGGGAGGGGAUGCAGUUGUCUUUUUGUGCCAAAAGGUGAGAAUGGGUUGUCUUGCUGUAGUGCUUUUCAACUCCCCUCUCACUUAUUUUUAAGCUCAGAAAUGCAUUCCCAUUUUACAUGCUGUGGAGAAUUUGCUCCUCAUGUGUAGUAAACCCAGACUCUCCAACAGUCUUCUGAAUCUGGUUCUGCAUUAGCAAUAGAGUAUUAAGGAAGUUAAAGCCCUCAAAAGGCUCAUCCUCUGAGAACUCCUCCCUGGAUUUAGCCUUUUCAGCAAUCCUUUUUUGUGAAGGGAGCACAGUGCUCCCAAAUCAGCCCACUCAAUUCUACAGCGUCAAAUGUCGAAGUGCCUGCACAGAGGUGAUGCCAAGGCACCCAGACGAGCUGCUGCCCACCUGUACUGACACAACUGAACCACCAGCCUGCUCUUCACAGUGUAACAGGGGUCUCCUCACCCUGUGAUCUAACUUUGUAUCUUAUCUGCAUCUUCUUCCCAAUUGUAAUGUAGUUCAACCAGUGUUGAUAGGUCAGGGCAGACAUAGUAGGGCUCUGGAUCGGUUUAAUUCUUCAUUUACAUCAGGGACCUCAGGGAAGGGUUUGUGAUAAUUCAGUGCCACAAGCUGUCAGUAGAAGCUGGGUUCUGAGUGCCCUUUGCUGGUGGACAGACCAGCAGAUUUCUCUGAAAUGGACCUUCAGUGUCUGAUUACCAGAUCAGGCUGUUUCAUUUCUCCAGUGUGAUUAUUACAACAGUAAUAUUCUGGCAUUCCCAUCCCUGCCACAAAAGCAAGCUUAGAAAUGCUCGGGCGUGGCUGACAUCCAAGGGAUUUUCAUGUCCCACUGGUUCUGUCUGUGUUUUGAGUCUGUAGUGCUGCAGUGGGACAGAGCUGAGCGUUUGAACACACACACACACACAAAACAGGCAGAUGUGCAGAUCCACAGGUCAGGCGCCUAUGCAGUCCCAGCUAUGAAGGAGACAUCUCUGAAAGAAGGAGAUGAGUGCAGCACACCCUGAGCAUCACAUGGCAUUGAGUCUUUGGAAUUAAUCAUGGCAAAAACCCAGUCAUGCCAGAACAUUCUGUCAGUAAGGAUGCAGCUGUAGCCCUGAGGUCCACGGGGCUGGUGUUGGUAAAUGUGCCUAUGCUGCAGCUGGUGAGAGUGAGAAAUGAUUGCCAAAGGGACAGAGCUGCUGUACCUGGCUUUCUAGUUCACCUCAGUGUUGGUGUCUUCCCUUACCUUUCCUCAUACACAUUUUACUCAGCUUUCUCUCUGCAGCAGAGGGGAAGGAUCAUGCAAAUUCCUACUAAUGAAGCUCCCUGAAGAAAAGCUUGGCAAUCCUGUGCAGAGCAGGAAAGCCCAGAAAUCCUGGCAGAAGGACUCGACUUCACUGCAGAACACGUAAGGAGAAAGCAAGGCAGCUGAUGCCACUGCAAACAGGCAAUUUUUAGUCUCUCAGCUACAUGGAAGCUUCCAGCAAAUCAACAGGAAUAUUUCCAAGACAAAAUAUCAUGCAAGAAAGAGAAAUGGCCACUAGUUUUUAGUACUGCAAGGUGGAAAAAAACCCCCGAAAUAAUGGGAAAGUUACAGGGAGAAAACAAAGUAAACAUCAGAGAAAAAUCCCCUUUUUGCUUCUCUUCUGCUGGACAUUUGUGUAAAGAACAUCAUUGGGAUGUUCCAAUGCAGAGGAGCAUUGUGAAGAAAAAUGGGUUUUCAAGAGUUUUUUGAGAUGGGUCACAGAACCUGUCCUUCCCACAAGGCCAGACCUGGAAGCAUUCUUGGUGCUCCGGAAAGUCUGUCAGCUUCCCCACCACACCAUUUCUUAAAAACAAUACACAGGGUGGUUUGCACUACCCUAACAAAAGCGUAAUCUCUUUCCAAGUGCAGGUAGAGAUCCCUAGGUCCAAGACAUUAAAUCCUGUUAAAUCACACAGUUGAGCCCCGGGUAUGUGUGGAUAUUUUAGUACGCUGAAGUGCUUAGUGUUGGAAAUCCACCUGCACUAUUUUAUUUUUGUUAAUCUCUUUUAGCAUUUCCUUUUCCUCACUUAAAUUUUGCUCAGGAAGGCACUUACCAUUGGAGACAACAGCCAAAGGAUCCUCUGGUGUGUUGUUAGGGCUUGGCAGAACUGGGAUUCUCUCGCAGGACAUUUUGCUGACUGUCUGUACUCGAAUCUUUGGAGUCCUGGUUUCUUUUCUGAGUUCCCAGCAGUGGGCAGCUGCUGCAAGCCUCUGCUUCCAGUGGACACCUUUCCCUCUCCCUUUAUGGGAUCCUGAGGUUUUAAAGUAAACAAUUCAUUCUUGCUCUGAUAAGUCAUAUUAAAAUAUUGAUCUGGGGGAGGGAGAUGACCCUUGCUGCUCUGAGCCGGAGUCACCUUUAGUCAGACUAAAGAAUGGAAAAAAGCUCUGAGACUUCAAUUUUCUCUGUUCCUUCAGAGAACACAUGUGGGGAGGGAAAAAUGCAAAAGAUAAGGGGGUUUCAGCUCUUUGUUUUGCUGAACCCUGAGAUGAAGAGUGUUUACUCUGGCUGCGUAUUAAUUGCUUACUUCUGCCAGUGAGACUGAUUUCGUCAGUUCCUCAGUGCUCAUCUCAUGUUCACUGCUGAGGCUUGCCAAUCUUUUUUCUGUCUUAAAUUUUGAUGUACUGUCUACUUUUCUUGGUAAUUUUCAGGUUUUACACCUAGGAGGUAGGGGGAAAAGCCUGGCUUCAGUUGAGCCUGUGUGAACACCACUGGCAAACCCAGGAAUGGUACACACCUCCCAGGACCUCAUUCAACAACGAGACCAUUGCAUAAACCUCCAGUUUAGGGCCUGAUGAAUUUCACUUUUUUUGUGAAGGCUAAAAUAGGAUUUGAACCUGAGAUUUUCUCUGAACAUAAAAUAAAGCACAUUUUGGGUAUGAGAA